AUGAAAGAGGUGGAGCCCAAGGACCAGCAGCUCAUGGUAGCGCUUCGGAUCCGCCCACUCAGUGACACAGAACUGGAAGAAGGGGCCACCAUCACUGCCCACAAAGUGGGGGACCAGAUGGUGGUGCUCAUGGACCCUGGCGAGGACCCCGAGGACACGCUGCGUGCACACCGGUCGCGGGAGAAGACCUUCAUCUUCGACACUGUUUUCGACCAGCAUGCAUCACAGGAAGACGUGUAUCGUGCCACCACCCAGCACCUGGUGGAAGGUGUCGUUUCUGGAUACAACGCGACGGUGUUUGCCUACGGCCCCUCAGGCGCAGGGAAGACCUACACCAUGCUGGGCAUGGACGCCGAGCCUGGCAUCUACCUGCAGACCCUCACCGACCUCUUCCGGGCCAUCGAGGAGAGCCGCGACAACGCGGACUGCAGUGUGUCCAUGUCUUACCUGGAGAUUUAUAACGAAGUGAUCCGGGAUCUCCUGAACCCAUCCUCGGGGUUCCUGGACCUGAGGGAGGAUUCUCGGGGCAGCAUCCAGAUCGCAGGCAUCAUGGAGGUCUCCACCUCGAACGCCCAGGAGAUCAUGCAGCUCCUCACCAAAGGCAAUCGGCAGCGCACACAGGAGCCCACGGCCGCCAACAGGACGUCCUCCCGUUCCCACGCCGUGCUGCAGGUCACCGUACAGCGGCGGAGCCGCGGCACAGACAUGCUGGAGGGAGUGCAUGUCGGGAGGCUCUUCCUGGUGGACCUGGCGGGCUCGGAGCGGGCAUCGCAGACCCAGAACCGCGGCAAGAGGAGGAAGGAGGGCGCCCACAUCAACCGCUCCCUGCUGGCUCUGGGCAACUGCAUCAAUGCGCUCAGCGAGAAAAGCGGCAGCCGGGCGCAGUACGUGAACUUCCGGGACAGCAAGCUCACGCGCCUGCUGAAGGACGCCCUGGGAGGGAACAGCCGCACGGUGAUGAUCGCGCACAUCAGCCCAGCCAGCACAUCCUUCGAGGAGUCUCGGACCACCCUGCUGUACGCCUACAGGGCAAAGAACAUCAAGACGCGGGUGAAGCGCAAUCUCCUGAAUGUGUCCUACCGCAUCGCACAGUACACGGACGUCAUUUCCGACCUGCGCAGGGAGAUUGAGCGCCUCAAAUCCAAAAUUGAGACGCAGGAGAUGGAGAAGACACGUGAACCUGGCGUCCGGGAUGCGCGAGUCAUGACUCCCCCCCAUGAUGGAGAGGAGGAUAGCCACCUUCAGAUGAACAAGAUACGGGCGCAGCUCCUUGGGGCCUUCAAGGAGCAGUUGGAGAUGCGGCGCAGCCUGGUGGAGCUGGAGAACACCAAUAUAGAGCUGCACGUUGACACAUCGCGCCACCUGCUGACCAUUGCAGACUGGGAGCGGGAGAAGACCCACCAGCACGCACACAGUGACGGGACUCCAGAGAGGGACGAGGAGCCGGCAGAGACCGACGUGGACGGGGACGAGAGCGAGUCCGCGGAGCCACACGAGGUGGCUCUGGCCAGAGAGGAGGUCAACAUGCUUCUCGCCGAGCAGCGGAAAACCGCGGCCAUCAAGGCCGGGCUGGAGCAGCGGCUGGCCAAUGCCAAGAGGAAGGCGUUGCAGCUGGAGAAGCUGCUGCCCACACAGGUCAUCAGCGAGGACCAGCGGGAGGUUCUGCGGCUGCUGUGCUGGGCGCACGAGCUAGAGCUGGAGAACACCGAGCUGCAGGCCGGCAAGCUCCGCCGGAGGCACCUGCUCUGUCAGAAGGACUUUGUGAUCCAGCGUCAUCACCAGCACCGGCAGCUCUGCGAGCAACUCAUCCGUGACCUGUGGCAGCUGAUUCAGGAUGGCGGCAUCCCAGUGCCGGAGGCCCUGGACCGGCGCUUUCGCCGGUACACACGGGAGCUGGGCGAAGGCUCGCUGAACCGUCUGUUGUUGCUGCACUCGGUCAUGUCCAGCUCCCUGCAGGAUGGCUCGGUUCUGAACCUAUCCCCCCCACCGCCGGACGAGGCUGGCCACGACCAGCCAGACAGGAAGGACCUCCCAUGGGGCGCCCAGUUUGAGCUGCCGCGGAUGCUGCUGCAGACGGACAGCAGCGGCUGCAGAUCGUCGCAAGCCACACCAUCGAGAGCGCUGGGCAAGCCUGAUUCCCUUCUCCCACCACCGUCCCUCCGCAUCCUGCUAACCCCACCAGCUCACGAGCCAUCGAGCUCCCCAAGUAUGAAGAACUUGGUCUCCAAGAUGUGCCCCCCGACUGGCCUGGACCUGGGCCGCUCGCAGAUGGCGGCAGAGGCCGGCGGCCCAGCCCUGAGCGCUCAGGCCCUCAAGGAGAUGGCCAUGAGCACCAAGAGCAUCGCUCUCAUCGCAGCCACCCGGCGCUCCAAGGCUCAGGACCGUGAGGGUGGCAGUGGCCACUCCUCCCUCCACCUUCCGCAGGAGGUGGCCCUGGACUCCAGGGACCCGAAGGCCACUGUCACCCCGGAGCCGAGCCCAGCAGAGCAGAGGUGGCCCCUCGCCAGCCCAGGCAGGGGUGGUUCUGCAGAGAGGAAGGCCAGGAGGAAGCGGUCACCCUCCCUCACCUGGAGCGUGCAGCCGGUGGUCAAGCCUGUGGCUGAGAGCCAGCCACCCCCGGCCCUCCUGCAGCUGACAAAGUCGUCCGGAAAGAGCUUCUUCCCCGCUGUCCCCAUGGCCUCCAAGAUAAAACCCAGCCUCAGUGUCCACGCAGACGAGAAGAUGCCCCCGGUGCCUGAGGUCAGCUUCACCCUCCCCAGCGCCACGUGGCAGAGCGACCCGGGCCUAAGUAAGGCCCCGAUCCUGCCCAGGGACGUCCGAGGCUCCGGAACAAGCCAGCGUGCAGCAGACCCGGUGCCCAACGAUCAGGAGCCGGCCGUGGAAGCUGUGAACCCAGGAACCAACGUUCUAACGUUCAGCAGGAUAGAAAAGUCCAGGAAGCCCCCAGGACCGUCCCUGGGGCGCCGGGGCGCCACCUUCUCUGGAUCUGCUUUUGACACUUGCUGUGGCUUUGAAUCCACUGCCCAAGUGACAGGCUCUCAGGGGCACCCCGUGUGGAGGCCAAAACCCAUCGAUGCUAAGAACAAGGGUCAUCUCGCGGAGCGCUUCGCGACCUGCCUGCAAGGCCUCCGUGGCCCCUCCGCGGGCCGCCAUUUCUCGCGAGACGUGAAGCGGGAGGCGGGGCUCCGGGCGCCGGGGGCGGGGCCGACGGAGGAGGGGCGGCCUCGGGAGUGUCGGCAGACGGCGAGGCGGCCGCGGCGACGGCGACGAGGUGAGGUGAGGUGA